GGUCGACUGCCGAAACGAAACGAAAACAAUCAGCCGCCGAAGAACAAAAGUACAAUGAGAGAAAUAGAGAAACCGAAAGUUGAUUGGUGCUGUCUCGUCUUGACUGCUAUAGGCUUUAGGCCCUAAAUCUAGUUUUUAGGCCUACUGCUAAGACUAGGCCAGUGCUUUUCGUUUUAGAAUCUGACAAUAUCAGAUAUUAUAUCCAAAUGGGUGAAGAAUUCCAAUUAUGUUCCCAUGCUAUCAUCGUUCCGUCCGAUAAGGCUCAGCACGUCAGGCAUCAGUUGGAGAAACACAAUCUUUGGGAUGGCCAGCACAGACUGCAAAAACUCAAGAAUGAAUUUGUAGCUGUUCCAGUCUUGAGUUCCAAAAUAUCACAGGUUAAGCAGUAUUGGCCAGAUUUUGAGACAGUCAAGAUUGCUCUUCCAAGGUCAAAAAAAGUGAAAGUUAAAAACGAAGCUCCACCAAAUUCCUUGAAGGACCGCUUUUUUGCAGAACUGAAAUGUCACGAUAUUCCUAUUUCUCUUCUCCAAGAAGUGCCCAAAAAAUGGGAGCGACAUGGGGACCUCGUCAUCCUUCCAGUGGGCUCUUUCAGUUCUCCACAGUGGGACAAGCUAGGAGUCAAGUUGUGGGAGAUUGUCGUAGAGACACUGUCAUGUCAGAGACUGGCCAGGUCGUCUGCUGUGUCUCAAGAUGGGUUCCGCAGUUCACAAGUUCGUUUGUUGCGGGGAGACAAUGGCUGGGUGAUGCAUGUGGACAAUGAGAUCAAGUACGGUUUUGAUGUGACCAAGUGUAUGUUCAGCUCGGGUAAUGUCACGGAAAAAUUGCGAGUUGCUGGCUUUGACUGUAAGGGACUGACGGUCGUGGAUUUAUAUGCCGGCAUUGGUUACUUCACACUGCCUUAUCUGGUGCAUGCCGGGGCGACGCACGUACAUGCCUGCGAGUGGAAUCCCUCCGCUGUGAUUGCCCUGCGACAUAACCUGGAGGCGAAUGGGGUGGCUGGCAGAUGCACUGUUUACGAGGGAGAUAACCGUCAGCUUCAACUGACUUCAGUGGCAGACGUGGUAAACCUUGGCCUCAUUCCCAGCUCCGAACCUGGAUGGCCAAUAGCUGUUCAGGUUCUUAAAGUGGAGGGAGGUAUUAUGCAUAUUCAUGGAAAUGUGUCUUCAAUUCCAAGGACUGUCUUGUCGCAGGAAGUUCCUGGAACUUUGUCUAUGGCCCCAGACAUGCAGCAGAGGGGUGAAAGGAAGUUUGUUGAAGCUGAUUGUGUCAGGGAAUUCUUAGAAACAGGAGCACCACAAUCUAAAACUGUUGUGGAUCAAGGCAGGGACUGUCAUCUGGACACUUUUGCCCUUCAGGACCGGCAUGUCUCAGAUUCAGAUUCUCCAACGACUGUUCAACAGUCCCCAGUUUCUGAGAGAGUAUGUGAGAGAACGGAGGAGGUUGCAGAGUGUUCGCGUGUGGACCUUUCUUGUGCUUGUGUGGGUGGACAGAAGAAUGAUGGGAGAAUGAUGAAAGAGUCUGGGAGUCCAGUACAAUCUUUGUCAACAGGAUUACAUCAUCUGGGUGUGGCAGAAGGACUUGCAACACACUCUGAGGGCUGUGGUAGGGAGGAUGUCCACAUCCAGAGAAACACAUCACUAUCAGUUAAAACUGGGGUCAACGAGGGAUGCUGUGAUGUGAAGGAUUCAGGUUCUUUUUCAUCGUUUUUUGCUGGUGUUGAAAACUCUGAAUGUAACUUUGAUACAAGAAAGGAUGGAGGAGUAAAUAAAUCACUGGGACAUUCCAAAAUGUCAACUAGUUUGGAACAGAAUGCCCCCACUUGUGUUAAUUCCAAGAAGUAUAAUCUGAAGAAAGUUUGUGACGAGUGGUCUGUCUAUGUACAAAAAAGAAUGGCUGGCUUACUGGAAGAAAAAAAAGGUGGACAGUGGUCAGUGAGAGAACUGCAUGUAGAAGUGGUCAAGUCAUAUGCUCCGCACGUGUGGCAUGUUGUUCUUGACCUAGAAUGCAGGCCGCUGGUGCUCUGAUAAAUACUGUACUAUUCUCACUGUCAUGAUAAGAUUAGAUAAAUGACAUUGGGUAUAUUUUUCAGGAGAAGGAAAAAGAUUGAUUUAUAAAAAGAUGGCUUAGAGUUAUCUGAUUUUCAUACUGUUCAAAAGGUCCACUUUUGAUAGUUUAUUGAGUAUACAUUUUUAAACAGCAUAUGAAAAAUGCUUUGUUGAAUACGUUAAAUGAAAAAGCAAAAUUAAAAAUGUUGUUUUCCAUCUUAUCAUGAUGACGAUGAUAUAUUUAUCAAUGGAUGUUGUUAUGCUCUUACCAUGUGAAAUAGAAUUAAAGCAUAGGGCUUACUUUCAUGGACUCUCAUUUUUUUUAAAAAUCAGAACUUUUUGAGAAUAUGUUGCUUGGUUAAAGCAUAGCAAGAUGAAUAUGUUGCAGCAGUUUGUGAUGCUUAUCUCACACUAUCUGCCACAACUUACAAGCUUGAUUGUUGACUUGAAAGUCACAUUUGGUUCUAAGAAAAAGUAAAAAUAAUGAGAAAAGUUUUAGAUCUCCUCAAUGUUUAUGACAUAUUUUUUAAUGAAAAGUUAUGUAAUAUUCUGAGUUCAGUGAGUUCAUAGUAAAAAAUACUUUGAUCGAAAGAUCAUUGCCCCUGAGGAAAGCCCUGAACGAGAAAUAUUUUUGAUCUUGCUUUUGGCUUGUUUGGAAUUAAAAUAAACAUUCUCCAAACUCUUUCAUUCAUGAUUUUGAAAUACAACUGUUUGUUCAUCUGCCAUCAUUGCUUGAAUUUGAAUAUGAUUUUAAAAAAGGGAUCAAUUAUAACAACCCAUCUCCACCAGGUAGACCCUGCGGUGUGGUCUGUUCGUUCUACUUCUCUGGGUCUUUUUUGUUUGUUCGUUUAUUGUUGUUGUUUUGUGUGUGUGUAUGUGUGUGUGUGUCUUAAUCUGUUCCUGGUAAAAUGUGACUCUAAACCCAUUGACUAGCUGUACAGUUUCUAAUCAUGGACCUCCACAUAGAGUUGAUAUAAAAAGGCAUAUCGUCAACAAGUUGUUCAAAUGUUUUAAGUCCAGAACACAACAUUUUCAAGAGAGAAAAAAAAUUUCAUUCUUUUAACAAUUGUACCUCUACUUAAUGAAUAAAUUUUUGUUGCUAUUUUUUUUUCAACAUUUAGAAUUUGAAUACUGACGAAAUAUUUCUUGAGCACAUGCCUCAAAUGCCACAGAUUAAGGAUUUGCAAUUUUGUUGUUGUUAGCGAUCCAGCUUUUGCAAUUUUAAAAAGGUUGAAAAUUCAAUGCUUUGUUCGUCCGAAUAGCUGUCUGAUGAUAUAUGAGACAGUAGUAUGUGUAGUGAUAUAGUUGGAGAGCUGUAUAGGUUUGGGAGGUUUGAUUUUUACAUUUCUUUUUUUGUUGAGUAUGGGGUUGAUAUCCUUAAUAUGAAAAUGAUGGAGUGCAAACAGUUAUAACAACUUUUGUACUAGUGUGAAAAAGACCACUGCAGUCUUCACUUUUGGCAGCAGAGAGGGGUGUGAGUGUGUGUAUGAGAGAGAGAGGGAGAGAGAGAGAGAGAAAGAGAGAGAUCUUGUUCAAUUGGCAAACUAGUUUUAAAGCCAUAAACAUGGCAAUGUAAAAUUUCGUGCUAAGAGAUCAAUAAAGGUUCAUUCAUUCAUUCAUAA